AUUGACAGGCAGCAGUUUGAAGAGACUGUCCGAACACUGAACAACCUCUAUGCAGAAGCUGAGAAACUCGGGGGCCAGUCCUAUCUGGAGGGCUGUCUCGCCUGCCUGACUGCCUACACCAUCUUCCUGUGCAUGGAGACACACUACGAAAAGGUUCUAAAGAAAAUUGCCAAGUUCAUUCAGGAACAGAACGAGAAGAUCUAUGCUCCUCAGGGCCUUCUGCUGACAGACCCCAUUGAAAGAGGACUGAGAGUUAUUGAAAUCACCAUUUACGAAGACAGAGGUUUGACCAGCGGAAGAUAAAACUGGAGUCUCAGCUGACAGCUCACUGGUGGACUUGCUGCACCAAGGUUCCCCUACCUCCUACUUUAGAGCAUCAUUCCUUUCUCUGCUGCCAGAUCCACGGUGCCAUCUACUACAAGGACUAACUUCCUCAAACUGCUCCCCAGGGGUGACCUAGCUGUUCAGCAACCAUUUUGCAGUGAAUUUUGAAGCAAUGAGAUCAGUUUUUAAUUUUGUUUUUAGUUCUAUUUUCUCUCAAGAAAAAGCGGAAGAGGUAAAGCUUCAUUCCCUCCUGAAAGCAACAGGCCCUCAGCCUCACAGAGGUCUAGGUUUAGCACUCUAAGGGCAGUGCUCUUCCUCCCUGGCUCUCAGAUCCUUCUGUACUUGAAUCAGGCUUUGGAAAGCU